AUCAUAUAUGCGACAAGAGCCAACCUGAUGAACCAUGUGGUGAUACAUGACGAGACGCGCCCGCGCUUCGAGUGCGCCGUCUGCGGGAAGAACUUCUCCAACCAGCAGAACAGGUGGCGGCAUAUGUUUUUACACAAAGGCAUCAAAUUCAAAUGCGAUAUUUGCGACAAGAGUUUCAACACGGACCCGCAGAGGGCGCUCCACGUGGCGCACGUGCACAUGAAGGUGCCGUGGCCAAAGCGAAGCCGCGGGCCGCGACCGAAGCCGCCCCGCGCGCGGCACGCCAUGUACACCAGCGACUCGCAGGACUCCUGAGAUAGUUCCAACUAGUGACCACAGAAUAAAGUUUUUAUUUGUUACAAGUUAGCCCUUGACUACAAUCUGACCUGAUGGUAAGUGAUGAUGCAGUCUAAGAUGGAAGCGGGCUAACUUGUUAGGAGGAGGAUGAAAAUCCACACCCCUUUCGGUUUCUACACGGCAUCGUACCGGAACGCUAAAUCGCUUGGCGGUACGUCUUUGUCGUUAGUAGCCACGGCCGAAGCCUCCCACCGGCCAGACCUGGACAAAUUAAGAAAAUCUCAAUCUGCCCAGCCGGAGAUCGAACCCAGGACCUCCGUCUUGUAUAUCCACCGCGCAUACCACUGCGCCGCGGAGGCCGUCAAUAAAAAAAAGAUCACCCAGAAUGAGACUCUACAAGCAGCGUGUUGGAGCUGGCUCUUGACAUGCCGCUGAGGAGAGUUGACGUCAUAAUAUAGAAAGGAGAUGGUCCAAAAUUGUAUGGAGCCAGCUCCAGUCAUUGUACCCUGGCGGAAAUAAAAGAAAAUAUUUACAUUAACUGUUUUUGAUUAUAUAAAUCUACGAAUUUACUUUAAUUCUUUCGAAAUAAUAUUCAAUAUCUUCCAAGAAACGCAACAUUAAUACAGGUAAUAAUGGCGGAUAGAUGACGUUUUCAAUGCAGUAGUCGUUUUGACGUUUGCUCUCAAUUGUUAUGUCAUAGUUGCUCUAUGGGCGCCAUCUUGAUAUAACUCAAAAACUUGGGUUUUAAUUUUAUUUAGUUAGAUUUAUUCACUUAAAUAAAUUUUAAUACCAUCCUUGUAUUUUUUAAAUUUUAAUGAUACAGGUUACAAGAGUAGACCUGAAAUGGACCAUCUCCUUUAUACAGCUCUCAGACCAAUUAUAGAAAGACCUGUAUCGCACUCAUAGUCUCGAACAAAAUUGUCUGUCAUUUUCUGAAGAAAACGACCUUAGAUUUGGUAUGGAUAUUGGAUAUAUCUUAUACUAAACUAGAAGUUUUUGCCCGUUUUUUACACAAUUAAAUUACACAAAAUGGUAUUUUUACGGAGGUUUUUAACCGACGAACACGAUUACAACUAUUUAACAUCGAUAGUAUAGAGACAGUUUUUAUAAUCGCAUUAGAUCGUUGAUCAUAUACUUUGACAGAAAGAGACGUCUAGCUAGGCAGGUCCUAUACAAUAAUUGGUCUGAGAUACAGCUUCAAAAAAUUCUUCUACUUGUAAUUGAAUCCAACAAUGAACUGUUUCAUAUAGUUAUCAAUAAUGGUCAUAUCCAAGUUAAAAGUGGUCAACCUCCUUUUUUUACAAUAUUUGCCAUGUAUUUUAAAUAUGACCAAUAUUCCUGUUCCCCUCCAAUUUGUGACGGCCUCCAUGGCGCAGUGGUAUGCGCGGUGGAUUUACAAAACGGAGGUCCCGAGUUCGAUCCCCUAGCUGGGCAGAUUGAGAUUUUCUUAAUUUGUCUAGGUCUGGCUGGUGGGAGGCUUCGGCCGUGGCUAGUUACCACCGAAAAGAAACCGAAAGGGGUGUGGAUUUUCAUCCUCCUCCUAACAAGUUAGCCCGCUUCCAUCUAAGACUGCAUCAUCACUUACCAUCAGGUGAGGCUUACUAACUUGUAAAGAAUAAAAAAAAAAAUUGUUGUCAAAUUCUCAAACAAAUAGAGGUUAAAUUCGACACUCAGCGGCUGAAUGAUCCCCUGGGGGUGCCCCUACACUGUCUAUGAAUACAACUGUAAGGACUGGAUACGACAAUAGUGCAGUGGGCAGGGAUUGAACCUUGAUCUUUAGUGAUGAGUCCGGACUCCGACCCCUUCACUAUUUAGGCAAUAAAUAAAACAAAUGUACAAUUUAAAUCAAAAUAUAAUUACUAUUAUA